AUGGUUAUCCAUUUGAGCCUGAGCUCCUCGCCGCCGGUAGGCAGCUCGGCGUUGGGCACGUCGCCUACCAGAGGCCCCAAUCGUGGCGACGACGCCGACGAGCUCGCCAGCGAGACGAUUCCCUGCUCGCCGUACCAGACACAAGCUACGCAGAUAGUCAGCCGGAGCUCCCUCGCGUCCCCGACAAAAUCGCGGCUCGAAUUAUCCUCCUCUCCCUCCUCGCGCUCGGUUAUCGAAGUUCCUGCGUCGUCGCCCUUCCAGCCGACUGGGAAGUCGAGCACCUCGGCCUACUUCUCGCGCCUCGUGCCCCCGGGCACGCGCUUCCAGCCACCCCCCAAAUCGCAGCCGACGCCGAGGUCACUGAAGAGACCCUCCGAGGAACCCGUCAUUGUGGAUUCUUCGGAUGAAGAGAAUCGCCGCGGCUCUCGUGAGAACAUCGCCCGGACGUCUUUCAAGAGACACGUCUCAAACUUCGAGUACGUCUCAGUGGAUACGUUACAAAAGAAAAUUGAAGAGGUCGCCGACGCUCUCGGCAGUACGAUGCCAGUACAAUACUGCAGAGAGGCACUGACCGCGUGCCACAAUAAUGUUGAAGAUGCGAUCAACUACUUGCUAGAUGCUCGUCAUCUGAAGCCCAAGGUCAACACCUUUGUGGGAUCUACCAAGCCAACAAGCACUGCUGGCGGUGACCGACCAACGAGCCUGGAGCGGAAAACGAGCCGAUUGGGUGAGCCCAGCAAGCCGAAACUACUUGGACAACAUGUGCCGAGCUUGCCUACUCCUUCACGAAGCACCACGCCCUCGCCACCUAAGCCGAAGCGCCGGCGCCUGAUGCAAGGUCGUCGACCCGAUCGAUCUCCCAUUUCAUCGCAACAGACCCACCAAGUUGAACCGGCUUUGGACGAGCUUGCGGACGACAAAGUAGAUGAGCUGAUUGUCAUUCCCGAUGAUAAGGAGGACGAGGACUUCGACAACGAUGAUGAAGUCAACGAGGCGGUCAAGGAGAGUCUGCACGACAAAGCUCUCCAUGCCAUCAAUAGCAGCCCCAUCGAGGAUCUGUCUGCCAUGACGAAUAUCAAGCUAGACGAGCUCAAGGUAAUUGAGACCAAGAGACCUUUCGACACAAUCGACGAGGUUCAAGCCGUGACUGUCCUGAAAAAAUCAGGCGCUCGUGGCCGUAAGCCCAGAGUUGCGAUCGGAGAGACAUUGGUUGACGCCAUCAUGGACUUUACUCGCAGCGUCAAUGCCAUCGACGAGGUUGUAGCUGAAUGCGAGAAGAAGGCCAACAAAGUCAAGCAAGAGAUUAGCCUUUGGGAUCUCGACGUCAAGGGACAGAAGCGAAGCGCCCAAAGCCAAUUUGCUAAGGACGACCUUCCCCUUACGCCGACAAGCUUCCGCGGACAGAAGUUAUCUGAGCCGCCAAUCCCCUCCCAACCGAAAUUAAUGGAAGGUCACUGUACCAUGCGUCCGUUCCAGCUUUUCGGUCUCAACUGGAUGUCUCUUCUGUACAACAGCGGUUACGGAUGCAUUCUGGCUGAUGAGAUGGGCUUGGGCAAGACGUGCCAGGUGAUUUCUCUCAUCUGCCAUUUAGUUGAGGCUUACGGGGAAACUGCACAAGGCGAGCGACCUUGGCCCAACCUCGUCGUUGUACCACCGUCCACAUUCUCUAACUGGAUGGUCGAGUUUCAACGCUUCGCCCCUGAUCUCUCGGUUCUUGCGUAUCAAGGUCCCCAGGCCGAGCGCCGGGAAAUCGCUUAUGAGAUGCUCGAGAAUCCUGCCGACUACCAUGUUGUCUUGACGACAUACACGCAGGUCGGUUCCGAGGAUGAUCUGGAGGCCCUACGACAGCUCCAGCCCGCUGCCGCAAUCUUUGACGAAGGACACAAAAUGAAGAACCCCAAGACGAAGAUCUAUAAAGAUCUCAUCAGAAUCAAGGCUCGUUGGAGAAUGCUACUCACCGGUACUCCCGUCCAAAACAAUUUGAUGGAGAUGCUCUCUCUCUUGAAUUUUAUCGAUCCGAAGCAAUUCAGCGGCCGGAUGGAUCAGCUCCAGUACAUGUUCAGUCAGAAGGUCACUAUCCGCGACGUCAACAAUGGCGCCUUUUUGUACGGAGAGCGCGUCAGCCGAGCCAGAACGAUCCUCGAGCCUUUUAUUCUUCAACGUCGCAAGCAGCAGGUGCUCUCUGACAUGCCAUCCAAGAUCUGCAACGUGGCAUAUUGUGAUCUGGCACCUGUGCAGAAGGAGCUGUAUGAGGAGUACGAGCGUCUCUUCAAGGCUGGCCCCGUCAAGAAAACAAGCACAGGACGCCAGAGCGAUCAAAACAACAGCUGGAUGCAACUCCGGAAAGCCGCCAUUCAUCCCCAGCUUUUCCGGCGUUACUUUACCAACGCGAAGGUUGAGCAGAUGGCCAAAAUUCUCAUGAGAGAGGUACCGCAGUCAGAGCUGCAACAGCCUCGCAUCGAUCAUCUGGUCGGAGAGCUGCAAAACUCCUCCGACUUUGAACUACAUUUAUGGUGUCGCGACUAUGCCUGCAUCAGACACCUGGAUGUGCCCGAAGGCUCGUGGAUGGAGAGCGGCAAGGUCGCCAAGCUUCUGGAACUCAUUCACCAAUAUCGUGACAACGGCGACCGCGUUUUGGUUUUCAGCAAGUUCGCAAAGGUUGUCGAGAUCCUCCGAGAGGUCCUCCACACUGGUGGCAUCAGACAUUGCGUCCUGUACGGCCAAACCAGCGUUGCGGAGCGCCAGGACCUGAUUGACGACUUCAACAAAGAUACCGACAUCACUGCAUUUCUGCUAACGACUGGCGCCGGUGGUACCGGUAUCAACCUCACGUCAGCGAACAAGAUCAUCAUCUUUGACCAGUCCGACAACCCGCAAGACGACAUUCAGGCCGAGAACCGCGCUCAUCGUCUGGGCCAAACCCGGGACGUCGAGGUCAUCCGUCUCUUGACCUCGCACACCAUCGAAGAGCUCAUCUACAAGGCGUGCCAAAAAAAGAUUGAGCUCGCCGAGAAGGUGACCGGUGCAGUGGAAGACAUGGAGGACAAGCAUGCGGAAGAAAACCUGGAGAAGGAGGUUCGAAAGAUGAUGGCAGAUCAGCUAACGCCCUCAUGA